AUGAAUGAAAAAAAUAAAGAACAUCUACUUGUUAAUCUUCCAUUAUUACUUCUUAGUCAUAUUAUAAAUAGAAUACCUGAUAAUUUAGAUAGAAUAUGUUGGAGUUUAGUUUGUAAGAGAUGGUUUGAUAAUAGAGAUAAAUAUAUUUGGUUCAACACCGAUGAAAUCAGUUUGAUGUCAAAUAAUAAUAGUACUUCAUCAUUUCAUUUACAAUCAUAUAAAUCAAUCUAUUUGAAAUCGAUAGGUAAAAGAGAAUGUACAUUAGGUAUUGGUUCAAUCACUCUUUAUAAUCCAAAAUAUGACUAUUCAAUUGAUAAUCAAUCAUUUCAUAAACUUAAAAGUAUUCCAUCGAAUGUAACUACUGUUAUUUUAAAAGAUGCACCAAGACUUAAUCCUCUUUAUAAAAAUGUUUUCAAUGAUUCUCCGCCUGAUUCCGAACAUCUUUGUAGGUUGUUAUUACAAUCUCCAAAUGUAAAGGAAUUGAGAUACUGUCGAACACUCAAAUACAGAUUGCCAGAUUCCAUUCAAAAACUAUCUAUCUGCUUGGCGUAUGGUGAAAAGAUGACAGCCAACAACAUUCCACGUCAAGUUCAAAGUAUUUCUUUAAAUUGCAACUUUUUCGAUCGACCAUUUACUAGAGAUGUUUCUGGUAAUCAGAAUCAUCAAGUGAUAGAACCAGGUGUACUACCAACCUCACUGAAACAUCUGUAUCUGGGAUAUGGUAGUAUUCAACUCCACCCAGAAUCACUGCCAGCCAACCUAGAAGUUCUACAGAUAGGAAGAGUGGCACCGCCAACCGGGUUGUUAUUACCAAACACUCUUCAUACAAUACUAGAGAUAUCAUCGUGUUGGACUCCAAUGUUAAUGACACUACCUCAUCUAACUACUCUGUCACUACGUGAUAGUACUCGCUCAUUGGUCAUCAAUGAACUUCCACCAACUUUGACCGACCUGUCAUUUUCAGGUGAUUAUCAACUUAACUUUGAAAUGCCCCCGACUAUCACACAUUUGGAUCUUAGCAAUUGUAGAUUCGAGUACUAUCAAAUAUUCCCAGUGACAUCAAACUACCGACUUGAAGUUCUAACGACAACAAAGUUACCAAAACAACAACAGACAAACGUUCACAUUUCAAAAUUGGUAUUUCAAUGUCUUACUCUAGGAACACUCACACCUGGAAUAAUUCCAGCCGGAAUCGAAUCAUUGGAUCUAUCGAUGAGCAUAAACAACAUCUCGGUUGGAUCCAUACCAGAGUCAGUGAAACACUUGUCAUUAAAUAUGGUAUAUGAAAGUUAUCAGGAUGUCAUUCCGGAAACAGUUGAAACACUUCAGUUGCACAGAACCGAUUCACUAACAACCAACAUUAUUCCAAAAACAUUGAAAACCUUGAUCAUACCGUUUUCAAAAUCAACACUUCAGUUCAUUCCUCGACCACUUCCACCAAAAAUCAUCUUUCGUGAAACCGAUCUCCAACACGCAUCUCACAUAAGAAAACUUGAUCACCAAUAUUAUCUAUUGUUUGGCAAACCAAUGGAGGAAUUCAAAGGAAUGUUUACCAGUGAAAGACAACCAGCUUUUCAUUUCACAACAGCAAUCUUUCAUGAAUCUAAAUUCAUUGAUCUACUUUCACGCCACGCCAAUCAAUUUAAAACAUUCGACAAAUAA